AUGGCGAAUCCUGAUGCAAAUAUUUGUCUUUGGGUUUUUUAUGACGAGAGCUUUGGUGGCAAGUAUGUCCCUCGUGCAGUGCUGGUGGACUUGGAGCCAGGCACGAUGGCCUCUGCGAGGUCUGGUCCCUUUGGCCAGAUCAAUUUUGUCUUUGGCCAGAGUGGAGCAGGUAAUAACUGGGCUAAAGGUCACUACACAGAGGGAGCGGAGCUGGGCGACUCGGUCCUGGAUGUGGUGAGGAAGGAGGCAGAGAGCUGUGAUUGCCUCCGGGUCUUCCAGCUCACCCACUCGGUGGGUGGAGGCACCGGCUCUGGUAUGGGCACGCUGCUCAUCAGCAAGAUCCGAGAGGAGUAUCCAGAUCGCAUCAUGAACACAUUCAGUGUGGUGCCCUCACCCAAGGUGCCAGACACAGUCACUGAACCGUACAAUGCAACCCUCUCCGUCCACCAGCUGGUGGAGAACACAGAUGAGACCUUCUGCGUUGAUAAGGAGGCUCUGUACGACAUCUGCUCCCGCACACUGAAGCUCACCACACCCACAUACGCUGACCUCAACCACCUGGUCUCAUCCACCAUGAGUGGGGUGACCACCUGCCUGCGCUUCCCCGGGCAGCUCAACGCCGAUUUGAGGAAAUUGGCCGUGAUUAUGGUGCCCUUUCCCAGUCUGCACUUCUUCAUGCCGGGCUUCGCCCCCCUGACCAGCCGCGGCAGCCAGCAGUACAGGUCACUGACCGUUCGUGAACUCACCCAGCAGAUGUUUGACGCCAAGAACAUGAUGGUGGCUUGUGACCCACGCCACGGGCGCUACCUCAAAGUCGCCCCCAUCUUCCGAGGCCGCAUGUCAAUGAAGGAGGUAGAUGAGCAGAUGCUUAAUGUUCAGAACAAGAACAGCAGCGACUUUGUGGAAUGGAUCCCCAACAACGUCAAGACCGUCGCCUGUGACAUCCCUCCCCGCGGUCUCAAGAUGGCUGCCACCUUCAUUGGCAACAGCACAGCCAUUCAGGAGCUGUUCAAACGCAUCUCGGAGCAGUUUACUCCUAUGUUCCGCCGCAGCAAUACAAAAAUGGAAACAGCACAAAUAUAAAUGUGUUAGAAGGUG